AUGCCUUCUGGCAAAUCCGGCUCCCGUAUCUCGCGAACCACCCAGGCCCAGAACGAAAUAACAACUACUGGCAAUGGGAAAACGAAAGUUUAUAACUAUUCGCCGAGCGAGGGUGGUCCUAAUAAUGGCCUUCGACAAUUUCUACGUCAACCACAUGAAACGGUGAACAGGGCUCCCCCAGGAGAACCAUUCUGCCCAACCCUACGACUUCCUGGUUCUCAUAACGAUGGUCGUUCUGGUCAUCAUAACGAUGUUUUUGAUACUGAUAGUUAUGCCGAUACUGUAGGGCCAUGGGAUAGCAUCAGCCAAAUUUCUGUACAACCGUCUAUGAGAAGGGGUCCUGCUUCUACUUCUAGUCAUACGAGGAAUCAAGAUUGGGCAGUGACCAAGAUACGGGGCAGUGGACGGUAUGCACACAGCGGGGUUCCAAGCUCUCGCGACUCAGACUUAACUGUGAGACAGCUGAGUAGUGAACAUGGCGCAAGUAGCAGUACACGUGAGCCACCUCUCGAACUACCACCACCGCCACCACCAUCAUCAUCAACAACAACACCCAGAACGAUACAGAAAUAUUUAAAAAGCAAUGCAGAAAGAAGCGUUAAGGACCCAUCAUUAUACGAACCAAGUGGGUUCACUGAACAACCACCAUCAUCACAUAGAUCGGAGCGUGAACGUUCAAGAAGGGUUAAGGCCCUAUCACCAAGUGAAUUCACUGAACAACCACCAUCAUCACAUAGAUCGGAGCGUGAACGUCCAAGAAGGGUUAGGGCCCCAUCACCAAGUGAAUCCACUGAACAACCACCAUCAUCACAUAGAUCGGAGCGUGAACGUCCAAGAAGGGUUAGGGCCCCAUCACCAAGUGAAUUCACUGAACAACCACCAUCAUCAUCACAUAGAUCGGAGCGUGAACAUCCAAGAAGUGUUAAGACCCUAUCACCAUACACACCAAGUGAAUACCCUGUAGCACCACUACCGACAGCACCACCACGUCCGCAACAACCAAAACGAAGACAAACAUCAAUUAUGAUGAGUCAGCAUCAUCAGUCGUCAAGUACAUACAAUGCACAUGGUUCAAAUCAUUAUAUGAGUUCGCAAUCCUUUCAAUCAUACAGAAAUAAUCAUUGA